GGUUUUCACCGCUGCUUUUAUAAACACCGUUCUCAGAAACAGACUUUGCCAGAAUGUCUCAUUUGUCGUCUCUAGCCGUUUUUUGUGCCUCAAGGGAUUUUCAUGGUUUUUCUCUCUAGCAUUUUUCUUGUCCUUACCUGCUUCGUUUUUUGUCAAGUCCUUUGUCUCUUUUUUACCUGGACUAUUUACUGAGUGAAAGGUAAAAGACGUUGAGGUCCAGGAGGAAAAACGACAGAUUUGUGUAUAAAGUGAGGAGACAGAAGAUCUGUAAUGGCAGAACGGGCAGCGCACGCUGGUGGAAAUGAGCAGGAGGUCGAAACCCUCAGUGCUGAUGAGUAUCUGAAACUCCUGAAGUUAUUAAAGAUUCAACUUCCCAAAGGAGUUCUGACACUGGACGCAAUCGCUCAAUCCACAUGCCCAAACAUCAUCGAAGACGCAAUGGGCAUCAAACAAGAUCUGAGAAAGGGCACACUCUGCCUGGCUCAGACUCCUCGUCUGGCUUGCGGGAACAUUCAACAGACUUUGCAACUGAAAGAGAAAGAUAAAUUUCAAGACAUCACAAAGAUGAUAUUUUUUAGAACACAGAAGGGGAGCUUAACAGAACAAUGGAAGAAAAAAUGGAAACCUGGUAGUGGAUUCCAGAUAAGGGCCACGUAUCGAGAGACGUCAUCAGCAGCCGUAGGCAAUCCUUCUCAUAAACCGUUUUAUGGGGAACACUCGAUAAUCCAAACGAACGCAAAGCAGUGCUAUGAUUUCUACCUGAAACAAACAGAGCUCAAGGAAUGUGAUGUAAAGACCAAAAAAAACGGAAAGCUGGAAUUUGGAUUUCUCACAGGAAAGCCGAGCUUCCUAGUAGCAGUGAAACGUUCUGAAGACGUGACUGAGAAAAUCAUCAUGAAAUGUAACAGUUCAUCAAAGGACAUGGCAGAAGAAAUAUUCACUCUGCCCAAAGAAGGUGGUCAGCCUGAAUUCAACACUUCCCAUCAGUACUAUCUUCACACCCAGGGCUGCCUGUUCAUCCUGAAAGAGAAGGAGAAGAUGGAAGAAAAUCCGGUUCCAGUCAGAGCCGUGAUGGUGAUGAAAACUGGAGGAAACUUCUACUGUGGUGAAGUGAGUGAAGACAGGGAGAAGAUCGAGCAACUGAACAACCUCUGCAAAAAUGAAGCAUUGCCUCGAUUCCUGGCUGUUCUGAAUCUCAUCUUUGAGAAAGAGAACUAGAUGUACACUUGUGUGCUCAGGAUUAGAUCGUGUGUUUGAUAACGCAGCAUGGGUUACUGUGCAUAUUUCGAUUGAUGUUCCUUUCAGCUCCUUAGAACUGCAUUUAAAUGCUUUUUUAACCUUCCGUGAUUAUUAGAGGCUCAGGAUUAAUAAACUUCUUGAUACUUUUUCUAAUAAGUUUUAGUAAAACGUCUUGAUUAUCUUUUCCUUUUAUGAUUAAAUGAUGCAUGUACGAGAUGAAAUGCCAGGGAUUGAACAGACGCCGAGUCUCCGAGCUGCUGCUGGAAGCACAGAAUGAAUGGAGAAGGAUUCCUGCUCAUCUCAGAGACUCUGUGUUGAGAAAAUGUUGUUAUUUAUGGUCCUAAAACUGUAAGGAAGAAGCGUAAACUCCUCUGCCCUGAAGAUUACAAAGCACUGACACUGGAGACUCCUUCCAGAAAUGUAACUCAGAACGUCACCAGAUCAACGAUUAUCUGUUCAUCUCUUUAUCAUCAUCAUCAUCAGUGGAGCAUCCGCUGGACUAGGGUGACCAGACGUCCCGGUUUUACCGGGACAGUCCCGAUUUGGGGUUGUGUGUCCCGAGUCCCAACAAAAGUCUGUCGGGACACGGAUAUGUCCCGGUUUUUGCCACUUGCAACGGUUUUGUUUUCUCGAGAUCCUGAAUUAAUUAUGUCGUUAUCUCGGGAUAACAAGGUGAAUUAAAAAAAAGGAUUAUAUCCUCUCUCAGCUUGCGUAGUAUAUAUUCUCAAAUCACUUGUCUCUUUUUUGUUUCUGUUUAACAUACCAUUCUGACAGUUUGGCCAUAUUGAACAGCUUGUUGCACCUUCCAUUAAAGUGUUCACUUUUGUCCACAUCUUCUUGCUUUAUUCAUUCAGUUGUGGGGAAUGGUUAGUAAGGUUGAUUCUGACCGUUCAUACAAUUGUAGAGAUAUAGCCUACAUGUGCAUAUGCAUUCUUCUUGGUGUUCUCACAAACAGGUGAAAUAAAUCAGUGUAAAUGUGGCCUAUGGACAUAGCCUGGCCUAUUCUCAGCCAUUACAACAUCUGCUGUCUGACCAUAAUGUAACUGAUCUGUAUCCCACUAUGCUACUAGAGAACAAAAUGCCUGUUUGUUUUAUUUCAUGUGAGAUGUUGAUAAAUGUGAGCUUCAACACAAUGAUAAGAGCACCUCUCUGAGUGUCACGUUUACGUAAAAAAAAGGUGUGUGAGCACGAGUAUGGUCGCGCACUAAAGUGUCCCGGUUUCAGACUCGGGAAAUCUGGUCACCCUACGCUGGACACGCCCCUGCGAACAAGCUGUUACUACAGAAACGAUAACGAGUGCAUUAAUAUGAACCUCCACAACUGUCAGUGUUGUUCCAGAGAACUAAUCAACACCUCGUCAUUUGAGAACUCCACAGCGCUGUGGUGUAAACAGUGUCAAUAAAGUGAGCGUGAAUUGUG